ACCAUGCGGUGGAAGAAGCCACCUCGGAGACCGAAAAAUUUAUGCGAACUCAAUACCCUCACCUCUUCGGCGACCAAUGACUCAGAUCUGAGAGCCGCACGAGGUCCUACAUCUUCAUCGUUUUCGAUCGCCGCCAUAAGCCGGUCGCUGGUCGCCGUCCUUCUCCGGCACCGCUAGUCGCCGCUGCUUCCCCCUCGCCAGAAGUCCGUCACCCACUACCAGGGUCAGCGCCGCCGACCACGGUUCCCAGGUUCCAGAACAACCAUCGUCCGUUCGAAUUGCCGGCCGGUAACCUCCUCGUACUGCCGUUCGUCGCCUCCAGCCGCCGUCGCCCUUAGCACAGCUGCCGCUCCGCCAAUGUACGCCGGCGCCCGCCACCGUCGCCGCAUCCAGCUGCUGCCCCAGGGCCUGGUCAGUGAGGUUAAGACGUGCGCACGAGGGUCUGUGAUCUUGGGUUUGAGGCUAUCGCCCGAGGGAUCCUACCUCCACCGAAUUGAGGCUAUCUUCGGCAACGGAAACGGAAACCCGCGGGGAACAGUUUUUGAAAGGAUAUCUCACCAGAGGGCUCACGUUAGUGAGAGGCUGGGGAAGAAUCCGGACAAGGCACCCCAGGGCUGGGUACGACUCCAGACCAGCCAUGUGGCAUCUUCUAACCGUGAACCCCAGCAGCAGACUGGCCGGGGUGGGAGCCAAGCGCCAACACAGCCAUUGGUGGUCUUGGAGGAAGAGGAAGUUCAGAGUCAAGCCAGGGUCCCAAUGGCGCAACGUCUGGGGCCACAAGUGCCGGAAGCUGGCGAAUUCCAGGAUUUGAGACAACAGAUCCAGGAGAUGCAGAGGAAAAUAAACAGGGGACGAGUGUUCACUACCCAGACGAAUACUCCGCUCGCCCCGGAGAUCUUUGCAAAACCGUAUCCUCAGGGAUUCAAAGUGCCAUUUUUCAGGCGUUAUGAUGGGGAAUCGGAUCCCCAAGAACACAUAAAUAGCUAUGUCCAGCAAGGUCGCGGAUUGGGUGAAUCACAUUCCGGCCGGAUCGAUCCGGACUUGGGAUUGCGGUUCCUAGAGCAUUUUGCAAGGAACUGCCGUCCCAAAAAGCAUUUUACCCACUUGGCCUCAGUGCGGCAGAAGCACGAGGAAUCCUUGAAGAACUUCCUCGUCAGAUGGAGAAAAGAAUCCAGGGAGGUUGAAGGAACCGACGAUAAAUCCAGGUUAGCCAUAUUCAUGGCGGCACUGCAAGAUGGUCUCCUUCAUACCGAUCUCACAACUCAUCCCCCGGAUACCUUUGAGGAAGCAAUGGUACAUGCCGGAAGGUAUGUGACCUUGGAGGAGAGGAAAGAGGAGAAGAAAGAGAAGACUCCCAUGGAAGAAGAGAAGGCGGUAAACAAGAAGUCUUUCAAGAACAAGAAGCAGGGCUUCCCGGAUGGCCUGAAGGGCACGAAACCUGGGACCUCGGAGAAGUUCAAGUCUGCUAAUCCAGUGUUUACAUUACCGGUGGCAGAGGUCAUGGCCCAUGCUGCACAGCAGGGACUAAUGACAUAUCCCACCUAUUCCCAGAAGGUCUGCAAUGUGGAGGACACUGGGAAAUGGUGUGCUUACCACCGCAAGAAUGAUCACAACACGGAAGACUGUUAUACCUUGAAGAAUGAGAUGGCCAGGCUAAUCCGCCGGGGCCAUCUGAAGAAGUUUGUACAAGAUGGGGACGGGGGAAAUCCUGGGAAUGCUCAGAGUGGGAAGCGUAGAGAAGGGCACGUGGCCCAGGCCGAGGCCCGAGAGAAACGCCACACCGGCAGAAGAGGCACCAUGGGUGUAAUUACAUCAUCGGUGGGAACAUUGGUGGGGAUUUGGCCACAAGUCGGAAAAAAGUGGGCUAGUGCGGCAAUGGUCAAUAAGGUGGUGGCCCCUGCCCAACUGGAAGAUGAGUUAUUUCCCAUUAAGGCUCCCCUGACCGGGUUCACGGGCAAAUCUAUUGAACCGGAGGGGGUGGUAACCCUGCCGGUCGAGAUAGGAGAUACUAAGGCCACCCAGAAAUUGGACAUGGAGUUCGUUGUAGUGGGAAUAGUCUCCAACACCAAUGUCAUUAUGGGAAGACCCGGGUUAGAAUAUUUGGAGUGUGUCAUCUCACCUCGUCACCUAUGCAUAAAGUUCCCAACCCCCCGUGGGCUUGGAGUUGCCAGGGGAUCCCAGAGGGUGUCCCGGGCGUGGCAUUUGAAGGCAACUAAACAACCUAUCAGAUACAAUACCCAGGUGGGGGAGGUGACCGCACAGCUCUUAAGAGCCGAAGAAAGGCGUCCUGGAGUUGAAGUUGCAGGCGACAUAGAAGAAGUGGAAUUGGAGCCAAGCAUGCCGGGAAGAUUGGUUAGAAUUGGAAAGGGCCUGGGGGCUGAACUCAGGUCACGAGUAAUCUCUGUUCUUAGGAGAUUCAGCAAGGUCUUUGCAUGGAGUCCAGCUGAUAUGCCGGGGUUGGAUCACAAGAUUGCAAUUCAUCGUCUCAAUGUUUUGCAGGAUUCUAAACCGGUGAAGCAGAAGCGGAGGCAUCUGUCGCAAGAAAGGAGAGACUUCGUGAAGAAGGAGACUGUCAGUACUUUGAUUGUAAGAGAAGAGAACGGGGCCCAGCAUCCAGUCUACUAUGUCAGUAAGACCUUGAGAGAUGCGGAGCUGAGAUUUCUGUUCCGCGUAUCCCACAAAGAAGCCGAAUAUGAGGCCUUAAUUAAUGGAAUGAAGAUUCUCAGCAAGCUAGGGGUGUCCAGGGUCCAGGUAUAUAGCGACUCCCGCUUGGUUGUGGGACAAAUCAGUGGGGAGUUCGAAGCAAAGGAAGAGAGGAUGAAGAGAUACAGAGACUUGCCCUUGGAAAUAUUGGGAAAAUUCGAGUAUAAGCUAGAGCACAUACCCAGAGGAUACAACGCGGAAGCUGAUGUUUUGUCCAAGCUUAGCGCUGAAUCGCCGGAGUAUAUAAGCAAGUUAGCAACUGUGGAGGAGUUGGAAACCCCCAGUAUCAACAGGGAUGAAGUGCUCUGGCUAUCAGCCGACCCCCCGGAGUGGUUAGACAGGUUGGCUAGAUACAUUGAGGACGGGGUAGCCCCGGAAGAUCCCCAAGAAGCCCGGUUGUUACGAAUGAGAGCACCCACCUACAAAGUGCAGGAGGGAAUCCUUUAUAAGCGGUCCUAUAACGGUGUUUUGCUCCGCUGUCUUAGAGCGGCAGAAGCAAAAACGCUUAUGGAAGAAAUACAUGAAGGAGAUUGUGAGGAGUAUUUGCGCAAGUGUCCAACUUGUCAGCAGUUUCAGAAUAUACCCGGGAGGCCAGCCACAAAUUACACGCCCAUUAGUUCGGUGAUCCCUUUCUCCAUGAGGGGGAUCGAUAUCGUGGGUGCCCUGCCAAAAGGAAUUGGACAGGCAAGGUGGAUAGUGGUGGCCAUAGACUAUUUUACCAAAUGGGUAGAGGCUGAUCCACUUGCUGGGAUCACAGGGGAGCAGAUGACCGACUUCGUGGGAACCAAUAUACUUUGUAGAAUUGGGGUUCCGAAGCAGAUCAUAUCCAACAACGGAACUCAGUUUGAGGAAGUGGAGUUCCAAGACUACCUCAAAACCUGGGGAAUUCAGCAUACGAAGGUAUCCGUAGCCUAUCCCCAGGCUAAUGGUCAGGUGGAGAAUGUCAACAGGAUGAUUAUAAGUGGAAUAAAAAAGAAGUUGCUGUCGGAAGGAAGCAAAUGGGUGGAUGAACUACCCAGAAUCCUAUGGACGUAUAGGACCACUCCGCGAAGGGCCACGGGUGACACUCCUUUUUGCCUGGCCUAUGGGUUUGAAGCCUGGGCACCAGCUGAAAUGGUGAUCCCAACCAGGAGGGAAAUAACAUAUGACCCGGAAGUGAAUGAGUAGAAUCAGGCCAUUGAGCUUAACUUCUUGGAGGAAAGAAGGGAUGAAGCGCGAAUCCGGGGAGAGAAUUACCGUCGUCAGGUGAAAUCUUACUUUGAUAGUAAGGUGAAACCGAGGGCGUUCCAGGUGGAGGAUUACGUCCUAAGAAAGCGAGAAAAGAGUCAACCAACUAAGGGCGGAAAGUUGGCCAAAAAGUAUGAAGGACUUUAUAUCAUCAAGGCCGUUGUUUGCCCAGGUACCUACAAGUUGAUGACUUCAAAGGGAAAAGAAAUAGAUAGGACAUGA